AUGGCUGCGGGGAAGUUACUGCUCUACGCCGGCCUCUCUCUUUCUCUUUGCGCCCUGGGCAUGCUGGCCGUGGCGAUGUGCUCCGACCACUGGUACGAGACAGACGCCAGACGGUACAGGGAGCGGUGCCGAAGCUUUUCCAGCCGCCGCAAGGACCCGGGCUUCAUCUACAUCCCCAACAACAGCCUACCGCUGCGGGCCAGCCGGAGCAGCGUGUCCCGCUGGCAAGAGAAGCUGCUUUUGGCCCGGAACAGACGGCAGCUGUUCGCCAUGAGCGCCGCAGAUGAAUGUAGUAGGCAGUAUAACUCCACCAACAUGGGGCUGUGGAGGAAAUGCCAUCGGCUGGCCUUCGACCACGAAAUCGAAGAGAGCAUCCGGAAAGGUUCCAUUGCUCGGUGCUCCUACAUCAAGUAUCACUAUUCCUCAGCGACGAUACCCAAAAACCUCUCCUACAACAUCACCAAGACAAUAAGGCAGGACGAAUGGCACGCCCUCCACUUGCGGCGAAUGACAGCUGGUUUCAUGGGCAUGGCUGUGGCCAUCAUCCUGUUCGGCUGGAUCAUUGGUUUGCUUGGCUGCUGCUGGGACCGAGGCCUCAUGCAAUAUGUGGCUGGCCUCCUCUUCCUAAUGGGAGGAACCUUCUGUAUCAUCUCCCUCUGUACCUGCGUCGCUGGCAUCAACUUCGAGCUUUCCCGUUACCCUCGGUACCUGUACAGCUUGCCCGAUGAUAUCGGCCACGGCUACGGCUGGUCCAUGUUCUGCGCCUGGGGAGGCCUCGGCCUCACACUUAUCUCUGGCUUCUUCUGCACUCUCGCGCCCUCUGUUCAACCAAUACCGAGGUCUACCUGUCCCAAAUCCCGACAGGAGAACGGCACCGUCUGCUAAAGCUGGGUGUGCCGGACCAGCUGAACCCACAGACAGACAAAAAAACAAGCUAUUCCAUGUUUUCAUGUGUCAGCUCAUAUCCACUCUAUCCUGGUUACAGAUUUUGUGUGUGUGUGUGUUUAAAAUGGGUGUCUUGAUGAUAUCUUGAAAAUACAAGAAAAAAACCUGAAGAACUGAAGAAAUAUCAAAAAUUAAAAGUUGUGUUUAUUUUUAUUUUGUGGAGUAGAUGCAGAAAUGGAUCAUGACCAGGAAAGACGUGAAAGAAAUGACAUGGAGACCACGAAAGACUAAAGUGUAACGAGUGAGUGCUUGUGGAAAAAUAGUGGCUCCCAGAACAAGAACGUCCAGCCUGAGGACUGUUUCUGUUUACUGGUCUACUGUGAUUGUGGAGACGAUUAACAGAUUGUUCAGAAGAUCAAGUAAAGAUCCGGUGGAACCUUCUUAUGAUCUUUUAAAGCUUUUUGUGGAAUAUUUCACAAGCCAGUGGAUCAAACAUGAAACCAUGUGACUAGCGGGGGUGGGAUCACAUGAAUUCUCCAACUUCUUGGGUCCUUCCAGUUACUAGUAACGGGCAGGCACAGAGAAGAUCCAGGACUUCCACUCAUGUACAUUAUUGUACAGAAUAUUCACGAGAAAUGACAACCAGGCAUUGUCAUGUUGGACCAUUUUCAUUUUUGUGUAGUUGCAGUACAUUCCAGCUAAUGAUCCUAUUGCCAUUUAGCGUUUCAUACAUGCAUUCCUCUUUUACUGAAACUGUUUUGCUUUUUACUGAACCUUCAUGUUGUGAAUGAACUGUUGACUCGCUCAAUGCAAAUGUGUUUAAUUUUUUCAUUCUAGUCAUAAAGCUAAAUGUGUGUGUGUGUGUGUGUGUGUGUGUGUGUGUGUGUGUGUGUGUGUGUGUGUGUGUGUGUGUGUGUGUGUAGACAUGUCAAGACAUGUUAUUUUCAAGUCUUUACAAAAAAGUGAUCAAUAUGACAAAGCAGCUCCUCAGUAUGUAGGAAAACAGAAGCUUUGAUCAGCAGUGAGUUGAAACGGGCAGCUGCAGUAUCCCGUUUAACCGAACUGACAUCUGCCUCGUCUUUUCUGGAGAGCCCCAGUUGACCCGGCAGAUAAAGAAGUCGCUUUAAAGGGGGCAGCACGUUUAGCUCUGCUGAACAUCUAUGAAACGUUUAAGUAAUUACAUCUAAUGAGAACACUUUUUUCCCCUGGGGAUCAGCAGAGCCAGCAGGUUUUCUGCAGGGCCUUCUCGAAACAGUAUCUAGGCAUAAGGUUGAAAAAGGUCUCAUCUUAGAAGAAGGAAGAAAGAUCUCAGCCAUGAACCAUGAAUCACAAAUACACGGGCUUGAAUUUACUCACACCAUUAAAGACCAUUCCCCAAGAUUGAAUCCAGCAGGCAGUUGUUGACAACAUCCAGUCUGUGAAAAUGGAGGCUUUAAAUACAACAGUACCGUACCAGGGACAGACAAUUCAAUUCAAUAUGGUUAUAUAGCGCCAAAUCACGACAACAGUCACGUCAAAGCGCUUUAUAUUGUAAGGUAGACCCUACAAUAAUACAUACAGAUAGAAAACCCAACAAUCAUAUGACC